AUGAGCGACAAGAAGCGCAAGCUCACCGAGGAGGCUGUGAAGCCCGAGGGCAAGAAGGCCAAGCGCGACGAGAAGAAGGAGAAAAAGGAGAAGCGCAAAGCCAAGGAUGUCGUUGAGGAAGUCGAAAUUGAAGAGGCGACUGCUGUAGAGAAGAAGGACAAGAAAGAGAAGAAGGAUAAGAAGGAGAAGAAGGAAAAGAAGGAGAAAAAGGAAAAGAAGGAAAAGAAAGAAAAGCCCAGUGCCGAUGCGGAGGCCGCCGAAUACAACGAGGUAGAAAAGGAAGCACCCGAGGCUAUGGAUGUGGAUGUCCAGGAACCCCAGGCGGAGGAGAAGAAGAAGGAAAAGAAAGAGAAGAAGGACAAGAAGGACAAGAAGGCCAAGAAGGCUAAGAAGGAGGACACGAAUGUCCAAACAGAUACCCCGUCUGCUGAGGCCCCAGCGGAGGAGUCCGCCCAGGGAGAGGAAUCGAGCCAGAAGGGAAACAGAUUCAUUUGCUUCGUUGGCAACCUCCCCUACUCCGCUAACCGCGAAUCCUUGACCGCGCAUUUCGAGAAGAUUUCGCCGGUAUCCGUCCGCGUCGCAACUGAAAAGGACAAGCCGACCAAGUGUCGUGGCUUUGGUUUCAUCGAGUUUGACAAUUACGAUCGCAUGAAGACCUGCCUUAAGCUUUACCACCACUCUAUGUUUGAUGACAAGAAGUACCCGCCCAGGCGGAUCAAUGUGGAGUUGACCGCCGGCGGUGGCGGCAAAUCGGAAUACCGGAAAUCGAAGAUCGAGGCAAAGAACAAGAAGCUUUUCGAAGAGAGACAGAGAAAUGCCAAGGAGAUCACUAAGGAGAAGGAGCGCAGAGCCCAUACCGAGGAGACCGGGGAAGAUGCCUUUGCGGGCGUCCACCCCAGUCGCAGAAACCGUAUGGCUUAA